AUGUCCAAGCGAGGAGUCAAUGAGCUAUUCAUGAUCGACGACGAUGAAGGAGAAGAUCCAAGAAAUUCCGAGCCGCCGCCCCGAGAUGGACCUGAGAGGACUGGCCCUGGUAGACCAAAGGCUGGGCCGCCAGAGAGGAAGAGACAGCGCUCCGAAGCGCGGUCACGAGCUUCGACCGCUGGGGCAACUCCUGUCGUUGAAGACUUGACCGAUGACAACAUCAUGUUCAUCGAAAUCCCCGGCGAAAAACUCCUCCGCCUAAAAAAAGAAGAACUCCUAGAUUUCAUCAAGAACAAAGGCACCGAAAUCUUCUGCGAAGCUUACGAAAAGUGCUUGAACGAAAAAUUAAAAACAGCAUUGAAAGAUCGUCCCGACACGUUGCGACUUGGGAAUAAAGUCAAGAUUAUCAACAGAUACGAGACGGUCUGGAAGAAGGAACUCAGUACGGCGAGAAAUCUGAUUGCUAAGGAGAUGGAUGAUCUUGAAGCGAUCUUGCCUUCGCUUCAUUGGCCUUCCCAAAGGGCGCAGUUCCAACGUGACUUCAUUGGGCCUGUGGAGCAACGCCUCGCAAGGGCGGAGAAGGGGGUUAAGACUUUUGCGGCGUUGAUUAGAAAGCUUCAAGAUACGUCGAAUGUUUGA